CAUAAUGAUUUAAAAUCAUAAUGGAGAUAUCAGCUUUUUAAACCAUCUCUGAUGUACUCUCCUAAUGUCAUUGCUUUGAUAGGAAUACUCAGAUUUCCUUCAGAGAGGUCACCUUUCCCCUAUGCACUAUACAGAAACUUUAUUUUUCCAUAUUUUAAGGAUCAUUUCUUUCCGUAUUGUGAGUAAGUCAUCAUCACUUUAUUAUUCAUGCUGUUUUCUUGUAUUAUUUCCAUCCCAAGUUGGAGUUGAAAUGCUUCCGCUACAGAGAAAAAAUACUGUGUAUCCUGCUGUUAAAUGUAUCUCAACCAGGGCAUAAGCUCUUGCACCAUAGAAUUACAUUGUGGGGCAUUAGAAUGCAAACAUGAACUUUAAGUAAAGUGUUAGGUUAAAAGGGAAAACUCGUACACCUACCAGUGGAAAAAGAUCAUCCCUCGCCAUGCUGAGGAUUAUGUUUUCAUCUGGGAUUACCGAUGGUGAUAUUAAGAGCGGGGCACUGGCUAGGGUCUUAAUGGCAGUGGGUUAAUGCUCAUAAACUAUUUAAAACCCUUCCUCCUUGUCAUAUCCAGUUCACAUUUGGAGUGGCAUCAAUCAGGAUCAUCAUUACCGUCACAUAAACGGUUCCACUGAAGAAGUGUUGAAUGGAAUCUUCUCCAAUUAAAGGAAGUACUUUUGUGUAACGCUGUUUUGUAAUUUUUGUCAUUUUCAGUGAGGGACUAUUUGGCUUUUUUGUAGAAUUUUAAAUGAUGGCAUCUGCUGGAGAGGACCCAAACUCAGAGGCUACUGACAUCGAGCGGGAAUCCCCAGAACAAGAGCAAAUUCUGAGCAUACUGAAUUACUCACAGCGUGGACGAAUGGAUGAACAGCGCUGCGUUUUGAAACCUGUCAAUACUACACAACACCUUGAUGUAAAGGCAUCAUUGCCUCCAUUUAACUACCAGGAUCCUGGAAGUACCAACCAUCACGGCUCGGCGCCUCAGAUCUCUGUGAUUGAGAGUACACCAGAUAGAGACAGGAAGCUUUAUUUGGCAGGAAACCAGUUGGAAGUUCCUUCUCGGCGUGACCGCUCCAAUUCCAUAAAGUCAGAAUCAGCUGAAGAACAACAGAAGUUCAUGAAUAUGAUCAGCCAUGGCCAGCGUGGACGGAUGGAUGACCAGCGCUGCACCCUGGACCCGAGCAGAAGCGCCCCUUGCUCACCGAAACACACUGAUAUAAACACAGAUCCUGAUACGUUCUUCAACCUCUUGGCAAACACUCAGAGCCAACGGCUUGACGACCAGCGAGUGUCUCUUCCAACAUUACCAGGAUUAAAUAAAGACAAUAGCACUUCCCCUGGAGAGUCAAGCUACCUAUGUUACAUGGUUUCCAAAGUGCAAGGUUCCAGAAUGGACGACCAGCGGUGUUCACUACCUCUAAUCCGAACUCCUAAGACCCCAAAAAAGGAUAUUUCUACAUCUGGUAUAGACCUUUCAGCCAACUCAGACGUAGAACAACCGAAGAAUAAAGAGAACACAUCUCUGAAAAAAGUCUUGAGUUCAGCUGACCAAGACGAAUUUUUGACCAUAAUGAGUAAAACCCAGCGAGGCCGAAUGGAUGAACAGCGAUGUGUCUUAAAUGUUACUCCCCAGUCCACACCUAAACACCAGUCCAGUCAAAGCACAGUGUCCCAAGGCCCGGAUUCAGAAAGGUUUUUUAGCUUGCUGGCUAACUCUCAGAGCCGACGGCUUGAUGACCAACGAGUUUCUCUUCCUACAUUACCAGGGAUAAAGAACGGAGGUACCACAUCAACUGCUGCUGACAAGGAUGCAAACUACUUGUGUUACAUGGUUUCCAAAGUCCAGGGCUCAAGGAUGGAUGAACAGAGAUGUUCUGCGUCACAUAUUUUCCAGAAUAUGGGAACCUCUUCAGCUCAGCAAAAAGACCACAGUUCAGACACAUUUGGUGAACCUCCCCAGAGGUCUGCUUCUUUUAACGUUGCCAGAGACAACCAGCCUCCUCAGGAGCCGACUGCGGCUGAUCAGGAGCAAUUCCUGAAAAUUAUGAGUCAUGCACAACGUGGACGUAUGGAAGAGCAACGCUGCUCUUUACAACCCAGUAGAAGUACACCUGCCACGCCCACACACAAUGGAAGUGCUUUAAGAAAUGAAACCACAGGUGCAGAUGCUGAUGCGUUCUUCAAAGCCAUCGCCUCCAGUCAGGCACGACGGCUUGACGAUCAGCGUGUUGCACUUCCUGGCUUGCCUGGGAUAGGUGGAAAUUCUGAAGGAAAUAGAAAUAGUCCAAAUAGAAAGGCUGAAACCCCAGCCUCUCCACCUCAUAUCACAGUGGCUGAGUGUACACCAACAACAUCAAGGAAAAACUGUUCCAGCCCAGAAUCUGACUCCACCAGGACCAUACCCAAAUCUGCUUCAUUCACCCCUGAGACGGAAUAUGAAAAGUUAAAUUCUUCAGCACAGGUGACACUGAGGGUGUCAAUGAGCUUUACACCACAAAUGGUGCCGAAAUAUGCCCAUCAGCCACUUCCAUACCCAGAAGUCUUCUUAACUCUUGGAGCCCCAGGAGAAAACCUUGUGAUCCCUCUGAGCCCAGUGCCUGGCAGACAGCUGUCCUUUGACCUAAACCUUGUCCCAAGAGAAGAUGUGAAUUCCAGGCAGUGCUCUCCAAGCCAUGCAAGUCCCAGGAAGACCCACUCAAGUCAAUCAUCUCCCAACAAAAAAAAAAAGAUAAGAAAAACAGUGGCAACAAACAUUAGUCAAGUAUGCCGCAUUGUGAAUGAUAUAUUGAAGAAAAUAAUUGAUUAAUGUGAGAUUGUUGGUAACUGGCUAGGAAAAUAGAGGACUGAACUUUUAAAAAUUAUAUUAAAAUAAAAUUACAUUGGUAGUUUUCAUAUACUCAGUAAUUAGAAGUUCUUGCUAGAGUAGAACAAAAGAUUAUUCUGUUUUUAUUGGGUUUUUGUUGAGGAUUUUUUCCUUUGCUAGUUAAACGUUUCAUAUCAUUGUCUGUUACGUUCUGACCUCAGUGUUGUGGGUGAUAACUCAUUGCUUUGCUUUUUCAAAUGUAAACGCAUUGCAUAAAGUAAAAGGUGAAACCGUUUUAGCUGCUUCUCCAAAGACAGCAAUUGUUGUUUAUCUGGAAUUGAACCCACAAGUCUGGCAAAUGCGUGAAACCGUGGCAAAAAAAAAAUACACCACAAACUGACUAUGGCUAGUGAUAGAAAAUAUUUGAUCACAAUUACAUGUGCAGUAUUCACACUAAUGAUUCUAACAGUUUCAUGUAUUGUUGUCAAAGAUAACUUGCUUGUACAAGGUUGAACAUGAAUGCAAGUUAAGAGAAAGCAUAACACUUCAGAAAUGUAUAGCAUUUAUUUAAGAUUUACAGAAGAAAAUAUUCAAGGGCUCAUAUUGUAUGAGCUCUUAAUUGCCUCCACUGGAUCUUGUGUCUUAUUCAGCAGAGUCACUUCCCUGAAAGUAAGAGAAAACAAGUGUACAUUGAGUUAGUGUUUGUAGAGAUUUAUUGUAGGAAUACAAUUGCAUGCAGUAUGUACCGAUGACAAAGGAAAGCAAUCUGUCAUGCAAUGAUAAUACUUGAGUUAAAGUUUGGGGAAUAUUGCUCUGUCGCUGGGCGUUUAUUUCAGAAAUCAUUAAGGGUAUUGUCCUUGUAUAUAUGACAUUAGAACUUAUAAAUCAUGGCUUUUUAGAGGAAGUAUGUGCAUAUAAUUAAUAUAUGAUACUGCCAAAGAAAAUAAAACGUUACCUUUCCAGCA